CUGCCAAAGCGUUGAAGCCGGCGGCGCGAGAACUUUGGCGUUUCCCGACGGCGAAGUAGUGUGGGAUCUGGACCUCCGAGGGACAGCGGCGCGGUUCGAGAGCCUGAGAGGUGGAAACCCUUAUAUUAAGAAUGGUGUUAUGUAAUCCGUUGCGGAGCUGAAAGAAGGGAGGGGCGAUGGACGCUGGAGACGCCGCCAAGGAAUACGCGGCCGGUUUCGCCGCCGGCGUUGCCACGGUCAUCACCGGCCAUCCCUUCGAUACGGUAAAGGUGAAAUUGCAAGCUCACAACACUAAAACACAAGUAAAGGAGUACAAGAAUGCUUUGCAUUGCACCAGUCGGAUCUUGAUUAACGAAGGAGUAAGAGGACUAUAUAGGGGGGCAUCAUCUUCCUUUAUUGGGAUGGCAUUUGAAAGCUCACUUCUCUUUGGAAUUUAUUCUCAAACAAAACAGUUAUUACAGGGAGAAGCUCAGAGCAGUACACCACAUCUCCAGGUAAUUAUUCCUUCAGCAGCAUUUGGUGGAACAAUAAUCAGCUUCGUACUGUGUCCAGCUGAGCUGGUAAAGUGUAGAAUGCAAGUUCAGGGAAAGGAUGCAGCAACAUAUGUCAAAUACAGUGGUCCUCUAGAUUGUGCCAUUAAAACCAUGGAAAGUGAAGGGGUUAGGGGUAUAUUUCGUGGUGGCUUAACAACUUUACUAAGAGAAUCAAUUGGCAAUGCAGUGUUCUUCAGCACUUACGAGUUUAGUCGUUAUUACAUGAACAAGCGGCUGAAUUCCCCUUCAUCUACCCACAGCUACUGGUCAAAACUUUUAACGGAUGUAGGGAUUGGCAUCAUUAGUGGAGGACUUGGUGGAAUUGCAUUCUGGUCAGCUGUCUUACCAUUGGAUGUUGCAAAAACAAUAAUCCAGACUGCACCUGAUAUAAAUACUAGCCGUAACCCUUUUUGUAUGCUAAACUCGGUUUACAGUAGAGUGGGAUUAAGGGGAUGUUAUGCUGGUCUUGGGCCGACAUUGGUAAGGGCAUUUCCUGCUAAUGCUGCUGCCAUUGUGACCUGGGAACUUACUGCUAAACUUCUAGGGGUCAAGCGUCUCUGAUGCGAGGAAAUUUGUUAGCUCAGAGGCCUGUGAUUCUUUCUGCCCUUUUUUGUCGGAAUCAAAAUUUCCAGAGAAAAUAUACAUCUGCUGGCGUUCUUCUUUGGAAGCGUGUUGGGUCAGUGUGUCAAUAAUUCAAUUUCGUUUCCGAAAAAUCUGAAAGCGAGUUUGAGCAAUUUUGCAGGGCUUGUGCUGCAUUUUUUUCCCUUGGACCGGGAUAGUGCCGAAUGGUGCUGGCUUCUUUAAAUUUCAAAUAAAGAACUCACGAUUCCAAGUUUUGUAGUUUAAUGAUUUAUGGAUUUCGACAUUG